AUGGCUUGUGAGUGCUCGUCACCGGAAAUAAUUAUACAAUCACAAAUUUACAACAUCGGUAAUACAAAUCAUUAUACAAAUGUGGACAUUGCUCGUGCAUUGACAAGAUCAAUAAAUUGGAGUGGAAAAUUGAUAGCCGAAGAUGAAAGAGAAGAGGGUAAAAGUGAUCAAUGGAAAUUUCGAAAUCGAGCAAUUCUAGUUGAUUCAACAAAAGCUGAAAAAAACUUUGGAUUCAAAUGUAAACACAAAUUAAUGUUGGAUGAUGUUGAAAUCUUAAAGCAAAGUUGCUUAGCGCGACAUGGUGCAGACGAACUUAGGUAAGAAAUCGAUUAAUUCAAGCAGCAAACUACUUUAGGAACGUUGCUUUUCCCAUAUGUUGAAUUGUUUUCAUUUGAUUGAAUAAAAAAGAGAAAAAUCGUCACUAUCGUUGGUUCUUUAUGUAUGUGGGCAUCGCUUUCUUGAAUCGAACUCCAUCAAGAGGUAUCGUCUCGUUUGAGCGACAACUGCUUAAUUGUCUCAUAUAGUUAACAUUUUUUGUUCGCUAGCUUGUCGACUCAAAUUUUUCUCAAUGCAUCAACACUUUUCUUAUCGUGUCAUCGAUAUUUUUUGUUACCUUUGAUCGAUCACACUUAAUUUAUUUCCUAUGUGGCCGGCACAUGUCGCGCGAUCAAUUAGCAAAUUGAUUAAUGUCUUCCUCCUUGCCCAAUCAGAAUAAUUGACUUUCCAAUUUUUCGACUUCCAGCUAGUUUU